AUGAAAAUAAGUUUUAACAGUGGUGGAGAAGUGGAGAAGAAGAUGAAGUUUAAAAACAAAACUGUUUUGAAAAUAUGUUUUAAUUGGGUUAAUAAUGGGGAAGGACAAUUCAAGUUUUGCUACAAAGAAGAAAUAAAAGCUCCAAACAAAGAUUAUUGUGAUGAGAAGGACACCGAAAAUCCAUGUGUCCCUGGUAAAGAAUACUACGGCCGAGGACCAUUUCAAAUUGCAGGAAACUACAAUUACGGGCCUGCUGGUAGAAGCAUUGGUUUUGACUGCCUCGGCGCACCAGAAACAGUUGCCAAUGAUCCUAUCAUCUCAUUCAAGACGGCAUUGCGGUAUUGGAUGACUAAUGUCCAUUUAUUAAUAAUUUCCGAUGAUCAGGGAUUUGGUGAAACAAUCCGAGCGAUCGAUUCUUCGGAAUGUAAUGGGGGUAAUCCGACAAAAGUCUAG